AUGGAGGACGGCGAAGAACUCAAAACUUUUGCCAGAGUAUGGAUUCUAGCCAUCACCUCUCUCGGUUACUGCUACUUGAUACCAACUCGGAUCUCCAAUGGCGUCUCCAGGUUCGUAUUUCUCCUACCCGUCAUCAUCUUCUUCUUCAUCCUCCCACUCCCUCUCUCCUCUGUCCAUCUCGCCGGCCCCACCAUCUUCUACCUUGUCUGGCUCGCUAAUUUCAAACUCGUACUCCUCGCAUUCAAUCGUGGUCCUUUAGCUUCCGAUCCGCCGUUACCUUUCUUCAUUUUCAUCUCCAUCGCUCUUCUUCCAAUCAAUCCUAAACAUGCCGUUGCUGAUAUCUCAGAUCCAGUUCUAGAUUCAGCUUCAGUUCCAUCGCAUAAACCAACUCUAUUGGCGUUUAAAGCAUUGAUUUUAGCUGUAAUCGUUGGGACUUAUCGGUACCAGGAUAACCUCCAUCGGUAUGUGAUUUUAGGUUUCUACUGUUGCCAUGUCUACCUCGGUGUUGAGCUUGUUCUCGCGAUCACUGCGUAUUUUGUUAGGUUUUUUCUCGGAUUCAAGUUUGAGAUCGAACCGCAGUUUAAUGAGCCUUACCUUGCUACAUCGCUUCAGGAUUUUUGGGGCCGGCGGUGGAACCUUAUGGUAACGAGAAUCCUCCGGCCUACUGUGUACGAUCCGAUUCGUGAGAUCUCGUUGCCGGUUCUCGGAAAGCUAUGGAGCCGGCUGCCGGCGAUUUUCGCAACUUUUCUGGUGUCGGGGCUAAUGCACGAGUUGAUCUAUCUAUAUAUCACACGUGUUCAGCCAACGUGGGAGGUGACGUGGUUUUUUGUACUACAGGGUGUGUGUACGGCUGUAGAGGUGGCAGUGAAGAAGGCGGCAAAAGGCAAGUUCCAGUUGCACAGGGCGAUGUCGGGGCCGCUUACGGUGGUGUUUGUGGCAGUGACUGGUGUUUGGUUGUUCUUGCCACAGAUAUUAAGGAACGGUGUGGAUGUGAAGGCCAUAAACGAAUAUUCUAUCUUACUAAAUUUUUUGAGGUCGACAUGGGAGAGUAAAAUUUGA